UGCUUAGGAAUAGGAAUAUUAAACUACUCGGGAGCCGCAAUCCCAACGACGACAACAACUACGAAUCCACCCAUCAUACAAUACCACAACACAAUAGUGUUUAUCUUCUCCCCCCCCUCCCUCUGCUCUGUACAUCAUUCUCUCCUCCUCACGCGCCUCCAUCCGUCGAUUCUUCAUUCAUCCUUCCGACUGGUUCACGGCUUUCCCGCCGAUAAACCUCCGACCUCUGUCCUCACUCCUCAUACUUGCACAUACUAGAUUGAAGAAAUCAUGUCCUUCCUCGGCGGCGCAGAGUGUUCGACGGCUGGCAACCCCCUCAGCCAAUUCACAAAACAUGUACAAGACGACAAGUCGCUCCAGAGGGACCGGCUGGUCGGGCGGGGCCCUGGUGGCAUGGCGGAGGGCAUGCGGAGCCAGCACAUGGGCGGUGGCAGUGAUGCCAUGAUGAACGAGUUCAUGCAACAACCCGCGCACCUUCCACAGGGACCCGGCCCUGCGUCACCGUUCGCCAUGGAGCAGAUGAGAAGAGAGCUCGAGCGAACACAACACAGCGGCUCGCCUGGAUGGGCAGCAGAGUUCGACCCUGGCAUGGAGGCUCCGUCAGCAAUGGGUCCGGCCAUGCAGGAAAGACCUGCAGGUUUCAGCCCUGCCGAGUUCGCCAAAUAUCAGCAGAUGAACCCCACAGCGAGGACCGCGAGUCCGAUGGCGAGCCAGUCACCCUCUAUGAUGGGAUACCAAAGGCCUAUGGGCGGAUACGGCAUGGGUAUGGGUGGAAUGGGAAUGGGCUACGGUAUGGGCAUGAUGCAGCAGCCGUACGCACCACAGAACUUCCAGCAACCUGUGCAAGACUCUGGAAAGGGCAAGGGCCGCAUGGUUGAGCUCGACGAUAAGGACUGGGAGGCUCAGUUUGCCCAGCUUGAGAGUAGCGAUCAACAGCAGAACCUAGAUGCUCUUGAUGCGGAGGCAAAUAAACAUAUUGAGGCGGAGCUCAAUGAAAUGGACAGGUCAGUGGAUUUCGGCGAUUUCGAGUCCAUAUGGAAGGGCAUCCAAGCUGAGACUGAGCACGCUAGGCAACUCGCCAACGAGGAGAACUUCGUCGACGGCAUGCACAUGGGCGAUCUCGACCAGUGGGAGGGCUUCGAUGGCCUGAAUACCCAUUCAGCCCGCGACCCUGUUAUGGGCGAUUAUCUCUUCGAGCAGAACAACCUCUUCGAUAACGUCACCAAUCCCUUCGAGGAAGGUAUCAAGAUCAUGGAAGAAGGUGGCAACCUGUCGCUUGCCGCACUUGCCUUCGAGGCCGCCGUACAGAAGGAUCCACAGCACGUUGCUGCAUGGGUGAAGCUUGGAGAGUCACAAGCACAGAAUGAGAAGGAAACGCCCGCCAUCCGGGCGCUUGAGCAAGCACUGAAGUUAGACGCCUCGAAUCUGGAAGCAUUGAUGGGUCUCGCAGUGUCUUAUACAAAUGAAGGCUACGAGAGCACAGCAUACAGGACACUCGAGCGAUGGAUUGCAACCAAAUACCCUACAUUGAUCAAGGAGCCACUUUCAUCGGACGCAGAUAUGGGUUUCACGGACCGCCACUUGCUUCAUGAGAAGGUGACAAAUCUCUUCAUUGAGGCAGCCCAACUUUCUCCAAGUGGCGAGCAGAUGGAUCCGGACGUGCAGGUCGGUUUGGGUGUACUUUUCUAUGGUGUAGAGGAGUACGACAAAGCAGUCGACUGCUUUGGGGCAGCCCUGGCUUCUACAGAGUCCGGAACUACAAAUUCCUCAUCCCAGGUGCAUCUUCUGUGGAACAGACUCGGCGCCACUCUUGCGAACUCAGGUCGUUCCGAGGAGGCCAUAGAUGCAUACUCACGCGCGCUCUCCUUCCGACCGAAUUUCGUGCGUGCAAGAUACAAUCUUGGUGUCUCAUGCAUCAAUAUCGGGUGCUUCACCGAAGCAGCACAGCACCUUCUCGGUGCACUAUCCAUGCACAAGGUUGUGGAGAAGGAAGGGAAGGAGCGCGCCCGGGAGGUGGUGGGCGACAAAGUGAGCGAGAGCCAGUUGGAUAACAUGAUCCAUCAGAACCAGAGUACAAACCUGUACGACACUUUGAGGAGAGUAUUCGGCCAAAUGGGUAGGCGAGAUCUGGCAGAUACUGUCGGUCCCGGCAUGGAUGUUGAGAGUUUUCGCGGCGAGUUUGAAUUUUAACAAGUUUGAUGAUGAUAACAUGGAAGAAGUGCAGGCUGCCACUUGCGACAAGUGGGCGCCCGAGACAGAGCAGGCAGACCGCCAGGACCAGCAUGAUAGAGCCAUAGAGGAAGGCCCUUGGGGUUGGGAGCAAGAGGUAGGCGCCAGUUGCUGCUUCGGCAUUAGAACCGUCAGGGCAGGACCUGACUGUGUCUGGAAGCUGCAUGGGGGGAUAUAGAUGACCCGAUUGAACGAAAAUUACACACAAUGACUCGGCAUUAUAAUGAACUGGGCAUAUUGUUGGCUUCAUGCAAUCCACACCUAGCUACCAUGACAUAACUGUGAAUUUGAUAUGGGGUAUCAUGCCUUC